AUGGAUCUUACCCCGUUUGACCUGGCGUUCGCCCGCCUGCUAGAAUUGCGUCUCACUGUCAUUGUGAGAAGCCGAUCCGAGCCAGAUGCUUGUCGCGCAGCUGUCCGAGAGUUGGUGGCGGAGUAUCCACUGUUGGGCAUGAGGUUCAAUAUACUGACAGUGGCUCACACCCAGAUCUGCGCUGAACAGAGAACGAAGCUCCUCCGCACUGAGGAACUAUGUAUAGAGGACAUCUGGCACGAAAAGGAAGUGAACAAGUGCCUUCGUGAGAUUCUUCCGACUGUUAAUUUGAGGCCCGAAGAGAGUCCGUCGACUGCUCGCCUCCACGAGACCGAAGAGCUGCAGGGGCUUCUCCAGCAGCACAAGGGCGCCUUUCGCCAGCAUGUGCUCUCGAUCCACGCGGUCUUUCUUCAGGAUGCGUGUGUCCUUCGAUUUACCGUGCAACACCCACUGUGUGAUGCCACCGGAGUUUAUCACAUCGUCAAAGCAUAUCUCUCCAUCCUAGGAGGAACCGCGCCGCCACCUGAGCAGCGCAAAUCCCCCCUCCGAGAACCACUUACCCUCAAGCCCGACCUCAUAAACCCAGCGUCAACGACGACGACGACGACGACAAACGAACCCGAACAAGACCAGAUCAUCAAGCAAUACACCCAGCACAACCGCGCCAGCUGGGCCCUCCUCGGCGCCGUCUGUCUCCGCCAGCAAUUCUGGGCCCGCUGCCGCCCCUCAUCCCGUCGCGUCCGCCGCACCCUCUUCAUUCCCCAAGACCACAUCGACCACUGGAUGAGCCAGGCCCAACGCCAGACCGUCAAAGUCACCGAGCAUGACCUGCUCAUGGCCUUUAUCUACCAGGCCGCCUUCCCACCCAACUCCCCAAAUGCCAACUUCAGCUUCAUCAUGAACCUCGAACAGUACCUCGUCGAACCCCGGACGCCACUCACAAACCCCUGGUGUCUGGUUGCUGUGGUCCCCCUCAACUACUCCGCAGCAGCAUCAGCCCCAACACCAUCCUUGAUCGAUAUAGCAGCCCACAUCCGCCAAACCAUCCGCGCAGUGCGAGAGCCCGCCUGCCUCGCCCAGCUCCUCGCCCGACAGACACGGAUGGGCACCACGCCCGUCAUCCCGCGCGCGUACGGCUCGCGAAGUCCCCACGUCGUUGUCACCGCGUGGACGAGUCUGCCGGUGUAUGAGCUCGAGGUGCAAGGCAGGAAGCCCGCGGCGGUUCAGGGGGGAAUUGGCCUCUGUCAGAUGCUGACAGCGUGCGGGGUGGUGAUGGACGAUGUACUGGUGACGUGGAAGGGGCGGACGGGCGGGUAUUGGACGCAGGGGCGGUUGAGUGAGGCCAUCUGGAUGCGGAUGGGGAAUGUGUUGGAGCGACCAGCGCCUGGGUUUGCGGCAGCAGCAGCCUCUCGGACUUCGGUGGCUCGGGAUGUGAAAUUGUAA